AUGGCGCCUGGCAAUAUUCAUCCAAUCAAAUACUUACUUUGUCAAGAAGAUUUAGACAAGUACUUGAAAUAUUUGAGCGGAAAGAAGAAAAGAAGAAAAUAUUUCAGAAUGUAUAGCAAAUAUAGAGAUAUAUCUGCAAACGUGAAGAACCUACGAACAUGUGGUGCUUGUUAUGAGCGUCCCAUUUUCUUUUGCGAUGACGAUUUUAGAAUACAUGAGAGGAAUUGUCAUCGCUCAUAUCAAGAAGAGGAAAAAGAAGAUUUAAUAGCUAUUAAAUCACAAUUGUCGCUUUUAACCAGUCUUUUGAGCAGACAAAGCAACAUACAUUACCCAGUCUGUAAAGAGAGUAAGGAAGAAAGGCGGAAAGACGUUGAAGAAGAAAUUAUCUGCAUAAAGAGACGAAUGGUUGGAUUAGAAAGUGAAGUAGAUGCUUUGAAGAAAACUUGCAUGUGUAAAUGUUUACUACAAGUUGUAGAAGGUAUGUGUUCAUCUUGCGUAAAACUGGAGAAGACACAAAAUGUUGUGAACGAAAGUCAAAAUGCAGGAGUUUUCAAAGAAGUGGAGGAGUUUAAGUUGAGGAACAAGUUGCUGCAAAAUGAAUUGGAAAACAAAACAAAGGAAUUCAAUCAGAUGAAAGAACAAAGAUCUAAUGACAAGAAAAAGUUGCGAAAAAUGAAAGAUUUGUUUGAUGCAAAACAUAAGAAGAUGGAAAAGAUGGAAGAAGAGUUAAAUGCUGCUCAAAAAGAUAAGAUAGAAAUGACAAAUUGCGUUGAAAGUGUGAAACAAAAAAAUCUUCGCAUCAAAGGUCAAUUGAAUACUGAACGACAAAGAAGACAAAGCUGUUCUCUAGAUGAAGCAAAUGAUCAAAAGGAAAAGUUGCUAAAAGUUGAGGGUGUUUGUAAAUCUCUACAAGAAGAGGUAAGGAAGUUAAAUGAUGAAAAAAUGGAGUAUGUAGCAGAAGUUGAACGAUUUAAAUCUCUUCUUCGUGACAAGGAAGCUUCAAUGAAGCAGUUGCAAAGCGAUGCUGACAAUCUUACUGCAACAAAGAAAGAAAAAGAAGAGUAUGAGAUGGAAAUAAAGAAAGUCAAUGCAUUACUUGUUAAAAAGUUCGAUGCUUUUAAAAAGUUGAAAGUGCGUUGUGAAGAGCUUGAAAGGAUUAUCGAAAAUAAAGAGCGAAGUGAAGAAGAACUUAAGUUAAUGAAAAUUCUUCUUGCCGAAAAAGAUGGAUUGGUGAAAGAACUGCAAGAUUACGUAAAAGAGAAAGAACAGCAGGUCCAACAAGAAAUCAAAUUGCAAAAACAAAGAGAUUGUGAAGUUUCUACCCUUCUGAAAAGGGUUCAAGAUUAUGAAAAUGCUGUGGUAGAGUUAAAAGCAAAAAUCGACGAGUUGGUAAAACAGCUAGACGACAACAACAACCAAAAGAAUUUGAUUUCCUUUAGCCUUGCAGAAAAGAAGAAUGAUUUAGAGGAGCUUCGUGAUCGAUUAAGAUGUUUUGAAGAACAGCAUAAAACAUCGAUGUCUAUGAUCCAAAAGUUGAGUGAAGAAAAGCGUCAUAUUUCCGACGACUUGACAGAAAUUGAAGAUGAAAACAAAAAAUUGUUUAAUAGCAAAGCAGAUCUUCAACUGAAACUUGACGAGCUGAAUGAUAAACUCCAGGAUGCAGUUCAGGAUAAGAUGAAGACAGAGGAAAAGUUGAAAAGAAUGGAUGAACUCGAACAAGAACUGUUUGAAGUUAACAAAGGCAACAAACUUUUACAAGCACAUAAAGAGGAGUUAAUGACAGAGUUAACUCAAAUGACAGAUAAAAUAAAGCACCAAGCUGAGAGAUAUGAAUGGAGAUUGAAUGUAGCCGACAAGAAUGUCGAUGAGCUGGAAAAAGAGCUUGCUGAUGUAAAAUGGAGUUUAAAAAAAGCUGACAGAGAAAUCAAAGAUUUAAAAUUGGAACAUCGAGACAUGCUAAGUGCGGCUGAGCAAGUAGAGAAGUUGAACAAAGAAUUUACGUUGGAGGAGGAACAGUUCGAAGAGAUGUCGAAGAAAUUAGAAGAGAAAAGUCAAAUAGUGAAAGAGAUAGAAGAGAAGAAUGAAGAAUAUGUUAACACCAACGAGAAGUUGAAAAAAGAGGUUUUGGAAAAAUACAAAUGUCUUGAGAUUGCCAACAAGAAAGUUAUUGAUCUAGAAAUCGAUUUAGAAAAAGUUAAAAAUGACUGCACAAAGAAAAGCGAAAUGACGAAGCAGCUUACAACAGAAUUGCAAGAAAAAGAAAAAGUGUCUGCAAACCUCGAAAAAAAGACGUUGCUGCUACAGGAAUCAGAAGCAGAACUUGAAAAGGCUGAAGAAAAUAUCACCACCUUAAGCAAGCAGCUUUCUGAUUUGCAAGAAGAAUUGGAUAAAGCUCAAAGAGAUUUUUCAAAAGCAAGCACUGAAUGCGAGAGUGAGGAGCUUGAUAAGUUGAAACAACAGAACGAAAUUUGUGAGUUGAAAAAGCUUGAGUUGGUUCAAAACAAAAAGGACUUGGAAGAAGAGUUAUCUCAUCUUAAAGAAGCGCAUUCAUUAUGCGAUGGCCAUAAAAGAAGAUUAGAGAAGGAUAAGGAUAACAUACACAAGAAGCUUCACUCAGUUGAAACUGAACUGAAUGCAACUCUGCAUGAUUUUGAAAAGACCAAACACGAUUUAAAGACAUUGCAAAUUGAAGUAACACGCUAUGAAAAUCUUGUUAAGAACUACAAAGAAGAAAAGAAUGAAGCCAAGAGUUUAAGAAAAAAAGUAAAAGAAUUAGAAGCAAAGGUAUUCGAACUUAACGCUACCUGUGAAAUGGAUGUCUCAGAGAGGUAA